UGAGAGGCACUGAUGUCUAAUAAUCCAUAUGUUUUUGAUAAACAAAAAUAAACAUAAACAAAACACGUGAAUACUGCAGAAAUCCAGAAAAAUGAGCUCCUCCGACGAAUCCCACCAUAGUUCUUCUGAGGAAGAAGAGAUUCCAGAUGAAGAAAAGAAUGAAAUUCGUGAAGAUUUAAAAUCCAUGACAUUCGAAGAAAUUAUGAAACUCAAGGAAGAACUUGGAGCGAAAGUGUAUAAAGAAGCUGUAUUGGGAGUAGACACUACAAACAAAUCUAAAAACAAAAAAAGUAGCAAAGACUUUAAACGUUUAAACAAAAAUCGGCCACGGGAACAAAGUGCCAAACGACAAGUGCCCUUCUUGGGCGUGGAGAUGCGUACUAAACGCAAAAAGGAGGAAAAUAGCGUACGUGAUCCUAGGUUCGAUGAACGCGCUGGAGAAUAUGACGUGAAAAAAUUUAAAGAAAAUUAUCAAUUUGUCGGCGAAAUAAGAGAAAAAGAAGUACAUCAUUUAAAGCGUACAUUGAAUCGAGUAGAUGAUGACGAAGAAAAAGUGGAACUAAAGAAAACCAUGCAAAGGUUAAUAAACAAAAAUGUGGAGGAUAAAAAAUGGCACAAGAAACAAGAGUUGAUUAGAGAAGAACAAAAUGAAAUACAAAAGGCAAUUUCGGAAGGCAAGCAGCCUCAUUAUAUGACCAAAAAGGAAAGAAGAGCUAAGGAAUUGGUAGCCCAGUUUGAGGAAUUAAAACAGAAGGGUAAACUCAAUAAACAUUUGGAAAAACGUCGUAAAAAGAAUGUGGCCAAGGAUCGCAAAAGAAUUGGUUUCGACUAAGUUAUAUUUACUUUUUUUAAUAAAUUGUAUUCUUUAACAUAAAAUUAGGAUAAUAAAAAUAAAUUUCAAACUUAACCGGUA